AUGGUUGACAUCAUCAAAAUUUUACCGUCUCUGUCAAAACCAGUUGCUUCAGAUAUUCAUCGUAUACACAAUAGACAAACUUCUAGGCAGAUCACAUUGCCAAUAUUGUUCUCAACUGUUACGAUUCAUUCUAAACAUGAUCGUACAACUACUUUUAAUCUUAAGAAUCGAUCGACUCGACGUGGUCCUGGUGUUCUACAUCAUCAAAUCAAUGUAUGUGAAACACAAGAUAGUAUGCAUCGAACACUUAUUGAUCAUGAAAUGGCUCGAUACUAUUCAGGAACAACUAUUGAUAUGUCUGCAUCGAUCAAAAUAAAGCAACAGCAGCAGCAGCAGCAGCAGCAACAACAACAACAACAAUCGCAGCAACAAAAGAAUACUAGUAAUAGAGAACCAUUUAGAGCAAUAAUAGGAAGUGGAACAACUGUUACAUCAAUUCCAGUGAUAACAAAUGGCGAUGCUAGAAGUUCCCGCCUAUUUGACACACUAUCCAAACAUUUUACUAUUAAAGCAGAACCCCUUCGACCAGUCAAUAAUUUUGUAAAUAAUACAAGUAGUACAUUAUAUCCAUGGAAAAAAUAUUGGACAUCAGCAGAAAUACAAAAACGACAAGACGAAAUUUACGAUUCUGAUUAUUUUCUAAAUGAUGGUCAAUGUGAUCAAACUCUUUUAUCUACAAAGGAUUUUGUUACAUUUCGUGAUUCAUCACUACUUACAAAUAGUGGAACUCAUCGUAGGAGUAGAACAUCAUCAAGUAGAUCAAGCAGUUCUACUCCUAUUCAAGUUUCUUCACCAAUUAUACCUGAUAAACAAACUUUGCACAUAGACAAAGAAAGUCAAUUUUCUUCGCCUCAAAUCAUUUCAUCAAAUGAAAAAUUGAUUCCUCAGAUGGAUCAAUCAAAGUACACCGAAGAAAAACCUCCAUCAUCGAUAGAUCGUAAUAAUUCACUGACUAAUGAUGAUUAUGAACUUCAAAAGAGAAUUAAAAAAGUAACAACAAAAAUGUACAGAUUUCCCUUACCAUCGAAUAAACCAAAAGAGAAUACAGUAAUAUCAAAAUACACAUUAUUGAAACCCUUAGAAAAACAACCACAUUCAACUACAAGAACGGUGAAUAAAAAAGAACCAUCAACAACUUCAGCAAAUACAUCUAUUUUAAAACGAAAACGUCAAAAAGGAUCAGAUCGAAAAUCUUCUAAUAAAUCAAAUCGAACUACAACAAAAAAACAACAAUUCAUAUCCACAGUAACACAAACAGUGCUAAAAUCGAAAUACGAACGAACAAAAUGGGAUCAACCAUAUGUGGGCAUUCGAAAAGAUCCACCUACACCACCAUGUUCACCAUCACCCCUCAUUAAUUCAGAAGAUGAUAAUCAAGAUGGAAAAGAUACACUUCUUGAACAAGAUUCUACGAAUGAAGUUAAUGUAUAA